GAGUAAACCUCCGCCCCCCACAGUUCCUAUUAAUUCGAGAAAACUGGAACCCCAAUUCUUUUCUUUGGCAUUCUCCAGUGAUCAACCUCCUCCCUCCCUUCCUCUCACUUAAACCGGCAGAGAAAAGCGCAUCAAUAGUUCCCAACCCUUCAGUGUCUUGACGAUAUUAAAUACUGUACCAGCUACUGCUUGUCCUUGAAACACUAAUACGGAUCUUGAAAUGUCUACCGAUUCUGGGGAACGCCUGGUGCAACUUUACGUCUAUGACUUAUCUCAGGGCAUGGCAAGAGAGAUGUCUCUUGGUCUCUUGGGUGUUCAAAUUGAUGCGGUUUACCACACUAGUAUUGUAGUUGGGGGAAAGGAGUAUCAUUAUGGGCAUGGAAUUCAUUGUUCCCAGCCCGGCAAGACCCGUCAUGGCAACCCAAUGGAAAUUGUGCCUUUGGGGGUAACCGCGCUGCCAGAUGACGUAAUAUUAGGUUACCUUGACUCUCUCAAGUCUAUAUACUCUUCUGAAGCCUACGAUCUGUUUGUGCACAAUUGCAAUAAUUUCACCAAUGAUGUGGCCCAAUUCCUAUGCGGUCGUGGGAUACCAACUCACAUUACCGCUCUCCCGCAGACUGUUUUGAAUACGCCUUUUGGUCAGAUGCUCAGACCUAUGUUGGAUAGAGCGAUAAGGCCUCUUACCACUGCGCCAAAUAUGCCAACGGAUGGAGUUCCUGGCGCCGCACUACAAGGUCCUUCUAAUGUCAUAGUGGCAAAAUCACUUCAUGACCUAGAAGCAGCCUUGAAGAGUGCUGAAUCAUCUUGCGCUGUUAUAUUUUUUACUUCUGCUACAUGUCCACCAUGUAGAACCAUAUAUCCUCGUUUCGAACAAAUUGGCUCGGAAGCUGGAGGCAAAGCCAAAUUCAUCAAGGUCGAUAUUGGCACAUCCUACAGUGUUGGUCAGAAGUUUCAGGUUUCUGCGACUCCAACUUUCAUGACUUUUCUCAAAGGAGAAAAGAUCGACCAAUGGUCGGGGGCACAUUAUGGUGAUUUGAGAAGCCGUGUUGAAACACUGCUUAGAAUGGCCUACCCUCCCCACCCCCACACAAACGUCAAUCUUCGUGUAACGCUUGGUACAUCGAUGAACCCAGUGAUAUUCACAAAAGUACCACCUCUGGACAAGGUUAUCGAGAAGCUCGGGCCAACUGGGAAAAACCCUGUCGUGGUAUCAAUAAGGGACUUCAUAACACUUCGAGAUUCACAAGGCGCAAUUGAGGCCCCUCUCCAACAACUCUCGGACUGGGCGACCUUCUUGCGAGAAUCCUUCACGGGGCUUCCCACAGCGACUCUGUUCCCGCUAGCAGAUCUGUUCCGAGUUGUCCUUUCGGAUCACAGAGUCUCAGGCUGGUUCGCUGAAGAAAAAGGCAACACUACAAUCAAAGCCAUGCUAUCCUAUGUUACAAACCACACAUCAGUCCCCUACCCCCUCCGUCUUGUCACGUUACAGGCUACGUGUAACCUCUUUACUUCACCCCUCUUUCCUGCCCACUUGACCUCUCCAUCUCUCUCUCAUCUGGUAACAUCAUUAAUAACUACAUCACUAUUGGAUAAAUCUCAUAUUAACGCACGAGUGGCGGCUGCAUCACUAGCGUUUAAUCUAGCGACACAUGUCCAGAAGCAGAGAGCUGUGUAUAACGAGGAGGUACUCCAGGAUGUGGAGUUCAUAGCGGCAAUUGUGGAAGCAUUGAAGGAGGAGAGGGAUAGCAAGGAGGUUGUGAAGGGACUUGCGUUAGCUGUUUCCCUAGUGUCAUAUUGCGCGCCUUUGGGGGGUGAGAUACUGGAGCUGUUGAAGGUUCUGGAGGCCGGAGGGGUUCUCAGUGAGAAGGCGAAGGCGGGCAUGGGGGAGAAGGCGCUUUGCCAGGAGGUGGCAAAGCUGUUGGAGGCCUAGUACCGUUAAGGGAGGUCUUUUUUGUCUUUUUCGGAAGCGUUGAGUUCUCACUUUUACUUGGUUAAAUAUACAUCUCAACUUUCCCAUGUUCUUCCAUGCACUUUGAAAUAGACGAGAUACCAAUUAGAACUAGUCAAUUUUAAAUUUUUAUUGGUUGAAGCUA